GGGUUGAACAGCUGCAACUUCGCUAUGAAACUAUUUCGCGCUACGAACCUUAGGAAGAUAAGGAGGGGAAUUUGGGCACGCUAUGUUUCGACUGCCGUGGGGCAUAGUAUAUUAUAGACAAUGGGGAAGGCGUGACUGGUCAAAAAACAUCCGAAUGCCUACUAUCGUGUGAUCUGGAGAAAAAAGGUUUACAGGGGUUCUCCGUUCCCGAAGUUAUAGUUCCUGCUGUUUUGGAGGUUAAAUAUCUCGCCGUUGUUUCGUCGGUUCCAGGCAAGUAUCGUGGCCAUCCCACAGCUUCACCCCUCUUCUUUCUACCACAUAUUCGGAGGGUUCACGCGCAACAAAUGGACAACAUAGCAACAGCAAACAGUACUCCACGCGCCUCACGCGUAGUUUGACAGGUCUUCCAAUCGCAAAUUCCGUUUAUUCUAGGUAUUCCCUGUGCCUGUUAAAGUUGUGCGCCCAAUAGCAAUCAAAUACGUUUACUACGUUAAGAACGACGCAACAAUGUCACUAAUAGCCAUCGCCAUCGCCAUCGCUGUCUUCCUCGGCGCUAUCGGCCGCCUGGUCAACGCCCAGGGCCUCGUCACCAACUGCACUUGGCAAACUGGCCUUCUUGAGGGCAGUUUCCUCGGCAUGUAUUGCAACAACGACGACUGGGCUGAGUACGCCUACGAUUGGACCUGGUUUGAUACCAACAAUUGUCUCAUCAACUACGGCGGCAAGUUGUAUCCCUCAUACCCGAGCGGAAACUACUGGUCAACCUGUGACAAUUGUACGAUUCGCGGCAGUAACUUCGACUUCCUCCUAAACUGCCUCUGUAUCGAUUCCAACGGCCACCUUGCUCCGACUUCCUACGAUCUCAACGGAUUGAUCUGGAACCACAACGGCGCCCUGGGUUGCUUCGAUCAUAUCGGCAACAAGACCCACGUAGGCCCGUUCUAGGCUGUAGUCACCUCGUUAUG